AUGUCUUUGAACGACACCAGCCUUGGUCCCAGCAGGGGCGUCGAUAUCCAUCCUGGUGUUGCGAACCCCACCUCUCAUUCGAACCACGGAGAUCCCCUCGCAUCCAACUUCGUGACGGACCCUACUACCGACGACAUGGGCGCGGGCGCGGGCCCCAAUUUCCAGGGCCACAAGCAGGCCGCGCGGGGCUUCACAGAGAACGCUGGCGUAUGCGAGGGACGGCCUGGCGUCAUCGAGUCGACCCACAUUGACCCGCUCGCGGAGGACUCGAACGACGACGACGGAUGGGCGAAGACUAAGCCAACGCAGGGGCAACCGCGCUCCGGAAUGACCGGAGUCGCGCAGGGGGCGUAUAGCACUGCGUCGGACAUGGCGACUGGUGCUGCAAGCAUGGCGUCUGGGCUUGGGCAGGCGGCGUAUCAAUAUGUCGCGGGCGACGAGAAGACGCGCAAGUCUGGCAAAGAGCAGUCAGCAUGA